GUGUGUCUCUGUGUGUCUCUGUGGGUCUGUGCUUUGCGGACUUGGGCAACGCUCUCGCCACGUUCUCUACACUUCUGCGGCUUCAAUUAUCACCGGCUGUGACGACGCAAUCGCGGCACCCGAGUUUUAAAAAAGAAAGCCCCCCAAACAUCAGUGAAUUCUCUCUCCCUUUCGUCGGUCUUCGUUUUCCAUCGUAUUGACGAUGAUGAUCCCCUUCACAAAGCAACUCGCACUCGUGCUGGUAGCGCUUUUGGCGCUCGCCACCGGCACAGCUUCCGCCGGGUCCUCGUACUUUCUGUUUUCCGGUGUGUACGUGAAGCUGCUUCCGGGCCGAGAGCUGUGCUUGAACUACAAUGCCUAUCGCGACCCACAAGAGGACCCCGUGACAGUGGCGUUCCAGCACCGCUGCAUCGACGUUCGACUCGCCACUGUUCGCACGAAGUUGUACGCGCCAAGCGCGGAGCCCGGCAAGCGUGGUCGCGAAAUCCCCCUCAACGAGUUCGUCGACACCUUCGGUGACAACACGCAAAUAUUAUUCAAAGCGGAGCAGACUGGAACGUACAAAAUGUGUUUCCUGCUCCCGCUCAUGAAGCCGGCCAUGCGGUUUGAGAUGUCUUUUAGCGCCGUAAACGACGUCGUCGAGCCGCCGACACUGGAGGACGACGCGUUCGUGGUGGAUAAGCCGCCGGAGGUGCAGGACUACGCGGAUCGGCUGCAAAUGCUUAACCUCUCUCUCGAGACGACAGUGGAUGAGCUGCGCAUGUACGAAACGCGUCGCUACUUCUUUGAUCACACGACAAGGUCGGCUUUCAACCUGUGUCUGUUGAGCGUGGUGUUGAACAUCGUCAUUGCCGUCGGCGUCAGUCUUUGGUCAGAGAGGUACUUAGAGAAGUUCUACGUGAAGCAGAAGAUUGCAUAG